AUGCCUGUAAACGCCAUUCACAGUGCAAACCUCAUCAGCAGUCCAAGCAAGAGUACUGGAGUAUCACGAUUAAAAUCUGGAUUUCUUGGGCUUAAACAAAAACCUAGCAUACGCAUCAAGGCCUGUAAGAACCUUGCCUAUGGGGAGGAAAAGAAGAAAAAGUGCAAUCCUUAUGUAAAGACCUAUCUGCUGCCUGACAGAUUCUCCCAGGGAAAACGCAAGACUGGAGUCUAAAAGAACACGGUGGAGCCGACCUUUCAGGAGACCUUGAAGUACCAGGUGGAGCCUACCCAGCUGGCGACCCGGCAGCUGCGGGUGUCUGUGUGGCACCUGGGCACGCUCGCCCGGAGGAUGUUUCUUGGAGAAGUGAUCAUCCCUCUGGCCACGUGGGACUUUGAUGACCGCACGACCCAGUCUGCCCAUUGGUAUCCGCUCCAGGCCAAGGCAGAGAAAGACGAAGACAGUGUUCCCACGAAUAACAGAGAACUUGUAGUCCGGGCCAAACUGGUCCUCCCUGCAGGGCCCAGAAAGCUCCAGGAGGCUCAAGAAGGGACGGGAGAUCAGCCAUCACAUAACGGUCAGCUCUGUUUGGUAGUGCUGGGAGCCAAGAAUUUACCUGUGCCCUCAGAUGGUACCUUAAACUCAUUUGUUAAGGGCUGUCUCACUCUGCCAGACCAGCAGAGGUUGAGACUGAAGUCCCCCGUCCUGAAGAAGCAAGCCUGUCCCCAGUGGAAGCACUCCUUCGUUUUCAAAGGGGUCACCCCUUCUCAGCUGAGGCAAUCCACCCUAGAAUUAACCGUUUGGGACCAGGCCAACUUCGGUGUGAACGACCGCUUGCUGGGAGGCUCCAGGCUUGGUUCCAAGGAAGAGCCAGCGGGCGGCGCGGACUCGUGCUCACAAUCAAAACUCCAAUGGCAGAAAGUGCUUUCCAGCCCCAACCUGUGGACAGACAUGACCCUCACCCUGCACUGA